GUAGCUCUUCCUCAACACAAACUCUCACUCGAGCUACGAAGCCAUCCAGAGCGAGGAAGAGGCGUAUUUGCAACAAUCCCUAUAGCUCGUAAUACAGUUGUCGAUAUUUCACCCAUUCUUCAUUUCAACCAUGAAGAAUAUUCCCAGCAUGGAAAAUACACUGUAUUGGAUCAUUAUACCUACCGAUGGAAAGAUGGUUAUGCUUUGGCGCUUGGACUUGGAUCAAUGUUCAAUCACUCGAAUCAUCCAAAUGUCGGGUUCAUAAGAGAUCUUGAAAACGGUCUGAUUCGCUACAUCGCUACUGAUGACAUUUCAAAAGACGAAGAACUUUGUAUAUCAUAUGGCUCUAACAUCUGGUUCAAAAACACUGAGGCCGAGGAAAAGACUGAAUUAGAGCAAAAGCAUGAACCCGAAGAA